AUGUCACAGCGUCCCAUCCAGCCCUCUUUCACCAAGUCCCUCUGCCGUGAGUCCCACUGGAAGUGCCUGCUGCUCUCGCUGCUCAUGUACGGCUGUCUGGGGGCCGUGGCCUGGUGCCACGUAACCACGGUGACCCGCCUCACCUUCAGCAGCGCCUACCAGGGCAACAGCCUCAUGUACCACGACAGCCCCUGCUCCAACGGCUAUGUCUACAUCCCCCUGGCCUUCCUGCUCAUGCUGUACGCCGUCUACCUGGUGGAGUGCUGGCAUUGCCAAGCCCGCCAUGAGCUGCAGCACCGUGUUGAUGUGAGCAGCGUGCGGGAGCGUGUGGGCCGCAUGCAGCAGGCCACGCCCUGUAUCUGGUGGAAGGCCAUCAGCUACCACUAUGUCCGCCGCACCCGCCAGGUCACCCGAUACCGCAAUGGAGACGCCUACACCACCACCCAGGUCUACCAUGAGCGCGUCAACACGCACGUGGCGGAGGCCGAGUUCGACUACGCGCGCUGCGGCGUCCGCGACGUGUCCAAGGCGCUGGUGGGGCUGGAGGGCGCGCCGGCCACGCGCCUGCGCUUCACCAAGUGCUUCAGCUUCGCCAGCGUGGAGGCCGAGAACGCGUACCUGUGCCAGCGCGCGCGCUUCUUCGGGGCUUUGGAGGAGAGCUAG